CGCUAGCUAGCUAAGUGGUUCACGACUAUGUCCGGGGAGCGAGCACCUUUGCCAGCCGGGGGCUUACUCCGCGGGGGCCGUACGAGGUCUUACGGCAGUUUGGUCCGUUCUCCGCUCUCUCCGGUUCGCCAGCGACGCAUUGAACACAACAUUAAGCCAGGAGAAACACUACAGGGCUUGGCCCUAAAAUAUGGAGUGUCGAUGGAGCAGAUCAAAAGAGCGAACAGGCUGUACACCAAUGACUCGAUAUUCCUGAAAAAGUCCCUGUUAAUCCCUGUGCUGUCAGACUUGGACCACUGUAAUAACGGGGUGGAUUUGGUUGAAGAGAACAGUGAAGAAGACUGUGCCUCUGCUCAAAAUGGGCACACGGGGAUCUCCUCUGAGAGGAAGCAAAAUGAUGGCAAAGAAAGGGUGUCAGACCUUACUCCAGUGGAUUUUUUGAAAAGGCUGGAUGGCUUGAUAAAUCAGUCCAAACUGGCUGCUGUCAAAGGAUGCCAGGAAGCAGAGCAAAGGGUUGCCGCCCUAGAAGCAGCGUGCACCAGCAGGACAUCAGACUGUCGGCCGCUUACAAGGUCGCAAAGUGUCAUUUUGUCUUCCAGAGUGCAGCAGCAGCAGCAGGCAUCACAUGUGGCGGUACCCCUAACUAUCACCAAACUCACUAAGAAACUGAGAGACCACGAAGAUGAGAUCUUCCAGCUGUGACAUGUUGUUCUUGCUGUCGCACUCUUGAUCAUUAAAGAAACUUUCCCAGAAAGCCACAUCGCAUGGUUUGGCCUCCAGGAUAAUAGAGCAUUAUAGAUCAAGUGAUCCUGUUGCUGAAUGGACUUAAAAGUAUUUUCAUAUUUGCCAUUUAAUGUAGACCUUUUCUUUUAAAAGGUUUUUGAAAAUGAA